GAAUUCAACCUUGCAACACCUUCUCGUAUCCCCUAUGAGUGGCAAACCACCCGCCCGCGAGGAAAGGAGCUUGCUGAUAUAUUCAUAAAGGUAUGGGAGACGUAAAACUGUUGUUUGUAAAACGGUUACCACGUCUUCGAGUAUCAUGGGACCUACGUAUGUUUCGGCAUCGGACAGCCGGUCCUCGACAAGCUCAAAAAGGGGUGUACUCACCCCUAAUCAGUUCCUCCCUCUAACUCAUCAUCAUCCGUCCGAAGUCGAUUCAAAGAUGCCAGCCUCUUCCCACUGUCCUCAAUGCGGCUACAAUCGACCAGAUCUUUCAUUCCAUUGUGGUAUUCUGGUACCCCCACGAAUGGAGGAACUGCUGAAAUCGAAUGAACCACCCCUUCAAGCUGAGCAUGUUCACCUGGAUAGCACUAUUUGUGAAAGCCACGGGUUCUUAGCGAGACUACAGCAACGGAUAACUGAGACACGUGUUGCGCUCGAGGGACUCCUGGACGAGGAACGGCGCGUCGAACAUAUGAUUGAAUCCUGCAAGACAAUCGUCCACCCGAUUCGUAGAAUUCCUGAGGACAUCAUCCACGAAAUCUUCUUGGCAUGUUUGAAUACUGAGAGAGAAGGGAUGGAUUCAUUGAGAAGGAAGUUUACGCGGUUAGUUCUUUCCCAGGUUUGCAGAGAUUGGAGGAGAACCUCACUAUCAACACCCCGGCUUUGGUCAUCCAUUACGGUGGAUUUUGACAUCUAUCACAAUGAGCUGGCGUGUCAGUAUCUCCUUCAGAUGUGUCUUUUUCGGUCUGCGACACACGAUAUCACACUCUCCAUACACAGCGGGGGGGAUAUUUCAGAGAGUCAUCUCCUACCUGUUCUUCUCUUAUGCGCCUCGCGGUGGACAGAUCUUUCUCUCUCCAUUCCUUAUAGCUCUAUACAUAUCUUCUCCGCUGCCAGAGGCACCUUCCACCGCUUGAGUCGCCUUUCGCUAGAGGUUACCAGAGGCCAUGUCAAGGUACCCGCUGCAGCGGUCAAGCCCGUAUUUGAUGCCUUCGAAUACGCUCCGCUGCUUCGCGAGUUCUUCACAAAGAACCUGUGUCAAGCAGUUAAACAAAUAAACCUACCAUGGUCUCAGCUCACUGGGUAUACUGGGGACGACUAUGGAAGCGUGUAUAUUGAUAUCUUGAGGCUCGCACCGAAUAUGGAGAGCGUCUCGUUGCAAUGUGAUUUUUCUGGGCCUGACUUUACACACCCUCCUUCAUUAUCUCAUCGGCGCCUCCGUAUACUUCAUGUGCACGAAGCCAACGAGUCAGAUACAGGGGUAAUUUCAGAAGGGGGGAUUAUCCGUUUUCUUUCGUGUAUAGAAUUUCCUAUGCUGGAAUCUCUGAGGAUGACAUACGGGAAUGCCUCCAUCCAAAUUCCUAGUUCACUACAGGGCUUGACAGCUGGCAGCUUGAGGUCCCUGCGUAUCGACGCGCAACUCGUUCUUUCUGCUGAAGCGCAAGCUAAUCUGUUCAGUCUUCUCAAAACGACGUCAUGCCUUUCCAGUUUAUUGAUACCAUGUCCAUUGAUGCCUGAAGGGAGUGAAUGCGAUGGGAUUCUUUUUGGGCUCAAUGGGAAUAUCAACCCGGGCGUUGUCCCCAGUCUCACUUCUCUCACUAUUCAGUUCCUAAAUGAGAAGCCUCAUCUCGAUCCUUCUUUCAUUGAUAUGGUUCAUUCCCGAAGAUAUCCUGCGUCUAAUUGUACUGCGCUGCAAUGUCUUCGACUUUCUGCACCAUUCGCUAUGGAAUCACUUGAUCCCGAUGUGGUUGGGCGUUGGAAGGAUAUAUGUGACGACGGACUUGUCGUGUAUGGAGUAGAAUAGUGGAUCUUUUCCUCGGGAAAUUUGUCGGCGUAAUUGUAUUAAGAGUUAUCUAGGCUAUCCAGUAGGACCCAGUAUUAAGGAGAGAUUAAAAUCCACC